AUCUCCCUCUCUUACUUCUAUGAGGGGGGAAAACACUACGUAAGGAAUAUGGUUUCAAGCCGUACCCCUUCUGCUCUUUAAGUGGUUAAUAGCAGUAAGCUAUCUCUCAUUUCACCGACUGGGGCAGGGUCCUACGCUUGCAUUUUCAGAAAGUAGCGGAUUUCUUCUUUCAUAUUGCAUAUACUAGUGUCCUGGAAGAACACUGAGAGUAAACAAGUUUAUAAAUGGUGGAGGCCGUUGUGGAGUUUGACUACCAGGCCCAGCACGAUGAUGAGUUGACAAUCGCCGUAGGUGACAUCGUCAGCAACAUCAGGAAAGAUGACGGAGGCUGGUGGGAGGGCGAGGUGGACGGCCGAAGGGGCCUGUUCCCAGAUAACUUUGUCAGGGAGAUUAAAAAAGAGGUGAAGAAAGAGGCAAGUCUGAGCGGCAAGACAUCCGGAUCGAAAACGGACCUGUCCAACGGCAGCGCCAGUCCCGGGUCGGAACCCAGUCUCAGAUCAGCCAAGAAAGGUGAGUCCAUCCGUAAGCGCCGUUGCAAAGCUGCCUUCAGCUAUGUUCCACAGAACGAAGAUGAACUGGAACUCAAAGUUGGCGACGUCAUUGAGAUCCUGGGAGAGGUGGAAGAGGGCUGGUGGGAGGGCGUCCUCAAUGGCAAGACAGGGAUGUUCCCCUCCAACUUCACAAAGGAGGUACAGGCCGACUCUGAAGACCCGCCCACGCCACAGGACGACUCACGCAGCACUAGAACCAGUGUGAAGGAUAGCACAGGAUCAGAGAGUGAUGGGGGAGACUCCAGUAGCGUUCGUUCAGACACGGGGAGUGUGGCCUCCAGCACAGAGAUCCAACCCAAAAAAGUACGAGGCUUUGGCUUCGGAGAUAUCUUCAAAGACCAGCCAAUCAAAUUACGGCCACGAUCUAUGGACAUGGACAACGAACUGGAGAAGCAGGCAGUGAAGAAAGCUGCCCCCCCGGCUGUCCCGGACGCCAUGAAGACGGAGCCCGACAGUAAGACCAAAGAGAAAAAGUUCUGUAAAGUUAUAUUUCCAUAUGAAGCACAAAAUGAAGAUGAGCUGACCAUCAAAGAAGGAGAGAUUAUUACCAUUGUUAGUAAGGACUGUGCUGAUGCAGGCUGGUGGAUGGGGGAAGUGAAUGGUAAACAGGGAGUUUUCCCAGACAACUUUGUGAAAAUGUUCGUUCCUGAAGUAGAGAAAGAGAGACCUAAAAAACCACCUCCACCAGCAGCACCGGUUACUAAACAGACCACAGAGAAAAAGCCAGAGGGUAAAAAGGUUCCACCAGAAAGACCUGAGUCACUUCCUCAAAGAACAGAGGAGAAAGAAAGAAAUCACAACAGUUCUGCUUUUUUUCCAGGUGAGGACGUGAAACUAACAGAUAUUCACAAGCCGGCUCUUCCCGCUGUUCCCCCAAAGAAACCCACGCCUCCAAAGAACACAGACUCCUUAGGCCGCCCCUCCUCCCUGCCCCCCAAACGCCCUGAGAGACCAGCAGGACCCCACAUACCGAGUGACAGCCCUAAAUCUGAAGGAAGCGGUUUAACUUCGGACAGAGGCUCAUCUGACAAGUCUAAUGACAUUGAAGUGGAAGACUUCGACUCAAUCAUCUCCUCCACAGAGAAACUGAGCCACCCCACGGCAUCGAGACCGCGCGUGACCGACCGGCGACCGCGCUCGCAGAUCUUCACGUCUGUCCCUGAGAGCAAAUCAUCUCUGCCCCCCAAGCCCUCUGUCCUUCACUCGUCUUCUAGCGCCCAGGCAGGGGGCGUCUCCCUCCGACCUCACUCCCCUUGUGUGGAGCACAGAGGAAAAGCUGAUCCCCAGGGGCCAUCCACACUAGAAGAACUAAAGGCCCAACUCAGAGACCUUAGAGGAACUGUGGAACUGAUGAGGAGCCAGCACAAACAAGAGAUUAAGCAACUGGUUAGUGAGCUAGACGAGGAGAAACGGAUUCGCUUGACACUGCAGAUGGAAGUGGAGCAAAUAAAGAAGCUUCUGUCAAAAUGAACCCACUCACAUUGGAUGUAUGACAUCAGCAUUUGACUGAUGCUUGAGGCCAUGCCACAGCCGACCUAGUUUGUGCCAAAAAAAAAAUGGUCCAAAAUAGCAACAAAGGAAAAA